UACGGCGCCUUUCGCGUCUCGCCAUGCAGCAGGACGGACGAUCGCGCUUCAGCAAAUCUUGCCGAAUUUGGGAGCGAAUGUUGGGAAUCCUCGACGCUUGACGCCCCCGACCACGACUUCAGUGGACGAAAACGUCACUCGUGCCAUCUUCGCGUCCGGUUGGAGUCGUCUGGUGCACGUGGAAGCUUCUCGGCCUAGCCUAGCCUAGCCUAGCCUAGCUUGCUAACAAAGAGACGCGUUGGCGGUCGACACUUCGCUAAGCCGAGAUCAAGCGGGAGAGCGGAAAGCGUUGCGAUCGUCGUGCGAAAAUGCGUGCGAGGAGGACAGCGCAGCACGACGAGGAACUUCGGGGCCCGAAAGAGGAGAAGGAGCCACGAGGUCAACGGCCGGACGCCGCGUUCGAUCUGCGGCCUCCGACUGUGCCACGCGGCGCAGACAUCACCGAAGGUCUUCGUACUGAGCUGCAGGAGCCAGAGCCCCCUCACAUUAAAGAGGAAGUGGAGGCCAAAGAGGUCCACCACAUCAAAGAGGAAGAGGAGCCCAUUUUGAUUACAAAAGAGGAGGAAGAAGCGUGUCCCCACUUGGAAGAGGAAGAGAAGAUCACCAAGUUGCCAUUGACUGGUGUCCCUUUGAAGAGUGACAAUGAGGGUCAAAGUGAGGAGAACAUCGGGGCGGAACCUCCAAGCAGCAGCUCAAGUCAAAACGUGACAAGAGAAGUUGAUGGGGACCACUGCGGAGAAUCAAAAGCAGACUGCUUCUUAGCUCCACCAUCAGAUAGUGACGACAUGACGUCACACUCUUCUGACUAUGAUGAUGAUAACCAGUCUGAAGGUGACAUGACAUGUCACACUGACAACAAACAAUGGAAAUGUUCUCAGUGUGGGAAAACAUUUGCUAAUAAGAGCAUUUUGAAACAACAUGUGAGAACCCACACUGGAGAAAAACCUUUUGCUUGCUCAGUUUGCGGUCAAAGAUUCACUCAGAAGGGCCACUUAAAAAUGCACACAAGAACGCACACUGGUGAGAAACCUUUUUCCUGCUCAGUUUGUGGUCAAAGAUUCUCUGUGAAGGAAAGGUUAAAAUUACACACAAGAACACAUACUGGAGAGAAACCUUUUUCCUGCUCAGUUUGUGGUCAAAGAUUCACUCAGAAGAGAAAUUUAAAAAAACACACAAGAACCCACACUGGAGAGAAACCUUUUUCCUGCUCAGUUUGCGGUCAAAGAUUCACUCAGAAGGGCCACUUAAAAAUGCACACAAGAACCCACACUGGAGAGAAACCGUUUUUCUGCUCAGUUUGCGGUCAAAGAUUCACUCAGAAGGGCCACUUAAAAAUGCACACAAGAACGCACACUGGUGAGAAACCUUUUUCCUGCUCAGUCUGUGGUCAAAGAUUCUCUGAAAAGGGAAACUUAAAAAAACACACAAGAACCCACACUGGUGAGAAACCGUUUUCCUGCACAGUUUGUGGUAAAAGAUUCACUCAGAAGACAGAUUUAAAAAAACACACAAGAACCCACACUGGUGAGAAACCUUUUUCCUGCUCAGUUUGUGGUCACAGAUUCUCCCAUAAGGAUCGGGUUAAGACACACAAGUGUGCUGGUGAGAAUAGCAGUGAUCAAGACGCGUUGAAUGUAAGUGUUUAAAAGAAACAAACAAACAAAAAAGAAAGCAAUUACUAUGUUGUUGACUUAGAAAAAUCUACAUUAUUGUAUUUUGUGAACCAGGUAUUUAUGCAUCUUCUUGUCCAUAUAUUUUCGAAAAGCCUCCCGCGGGCAAAAUGUUAAGGAUCAGCACUGGUGCCAAAAUACUUUAGAGGGACGAGUUAACGGUAUGAACAUAGGCACUUAUUCCAUAGUCCUGGACUCAUAAAUGAUGUCUGGAGAGAAAAAAAAACGUCCUCCAAAAUAGACUCGGUUGUAAUUUUAGAAUUUUUUUUUAUCGGGAAAUAUUUGAUUUUCAGACAGAUUUUGCCCCGCCCACAUUUUAGACAUGUCAGCCUGUCACAGCCUGACACGUCAUGAGCAGUAGCCAUUUCCUCAUUGCGCUUCAACGUUUUCCGUGGCGUAAUUUUGGCCCAUUUUGAAAGUCUGGAUGAAUUUUUUUUUUGAGACAAUGUGUGAAAAUAGUGAGAGUGAAAUAGGUUGGAAGGCUUGUUGUUUAAAAACUCAACUGUGAAACGCCUCCUUGAGAAAAGAAGACCGCCACAUCAUCCCACAUGAAGCUAUUCUUGCCGAUUCAUUUCCUCAAAUGUUACAUCGCUUAUGUCCCGAAACCGCAACUGAUCUGAUUUGAUCUUAUCUGAUCAAUAAGAUCUAAAAUAUUGGGCUGAUCGUUGUAAUAGAUUCAGAGGUUGACGCUGCCGUGAGUAAAGUUGUCCAUAUACGUUUUGUAAAAUAAAGUUUUCGGACAAUAAGCCGCGUUUCUUGGGUUCGUGCACGAGGCUUUCAAGGAUGUGGCACUCGCCCGCCGUGUUUGUAUCGUUUUAAUGCUGUGACACUCUCAUAAAUGAGCAAUUUUUCAGCACAUCCAAUUAGUGAUUGAAAAUAAUUUUGCGGUCCGAGCUGUUGUUCAUGUGAUCCGAUGAUAUAUGACAGCAAUUGAAACUAUAAUACCAGUUUUUGUAAACUCAAGCAAGCUGUAUUUAUUUUUAUUUUUUUCCCCUGAAAGGAUAUCAUUUUCAAGGUCAAGGGAUUCCACCUGACAGCUAGGAUAUAUAAAAUAGGACUAAUUAUUGCCACUUCAUAGUAGAGUCCAUUCCUUUUACCACGCCAGCUAUGCCAGCGCUUUUCCAUUUCCGAUUUUAGCGAUGAAAAAGGGGCGUUCGAAAGGGAUUUAGUGAUUUACCGAAACGUAUUGAUGAUAUUGGAAAUGACUGCCAGUUUAAUUUUCUCGAGCUAAGAUCUCAACAUUCCUCAAUUAAAUGCAGAAGUUAAAGACGGGCUUGAUGCUCCUUUAAACAUCACAGAAUUACAUAAUGCAAAAAAAAAAAAAAAAUAAAUAAAAAAUGCAAUUGGGAAGAGCGCCUGGCCCGGACGUAUCUCUGUCGAAUUCAUUAAACAUUUCUGGCCAAUACUUGCGCCUCUAUUUUUCAGAACAGUCGAGAUAAACGAUAAAGGUCAAAUAAGUAGCUGUAUGAGCACAGAUUCAAUUAAAUGACUACUAAAGCCUGGAAAAGACCCCAGUCUCCCAGCUAAUUAUCGGCCCUUAUCACUGGUUAAUGUACAACCCCAAUUCUAAUGAAGUUGUGUUAAACAUAAAUAAAAACAGGAUACAAUGAUUUGCAUGUUCAACCUAUAUUUAAUCGAAUACACUACAAAGACAAGAUACUUAAUGUUGAAACUGAUCAACUUUUAACUGAGAAUUUUAUGGCUGCAACACGUCCCAAAAAACCUGGGACAGGGUCAUGUUCACCACUGCGUGACAUCACCUUUUCUCUGAACAACAUUCAAUAAACGUUUGGGAACUGAGGACACUAAUUGUUGAAGCUUUGUAGGUGGAAUUCUUUCCCAUACUUGCUUGAUCUACAGCUUCAGCUGUUCAACAGUCCGGGGUCUCCGUCGGUGUAUUUUACGCUUCAUAAUACGCCACAUAUUUUCAAUGGGCGACUGCAGGCAGGCCAGUGUAGUUCCCGCACUCUUUUACGACGAAGCCACGCUGUUGUAACACGUGCAGAAUGUGAUUUGGCAUUGUCUUGCUAAAAUAAGCAGGGGCGUCCAUGAAAAUGACGUUGCUUGGAUGGCAGCAUAUGUUUCUCUAAAACCUGUAUGCAUAAAUGGUGCCUUCACAGACGUGUAAGUUGCCCAUGCCAUUGGCACUAAUACAGCCCCAAACCAUCACAGAUGCUGGCUUUUGAACUUUGCGUCCAUAACAGUCCGGAUGGUUCUUUUCCUCUUUGGCCCGGAGGACACGACGUCCACAAUUUCCAAAAACAAUUUGUAAUGUGGGCUCGCCGGACCACAAAACACUUUUCAUCAGUCCGUCCCAGCUUUUUUGGAACAUGCUGCAGCCAUAAAAUGCUAAGUUCAUGAUUAUUUGCUAAAAACAAUCGAGUGUAUCCGUUUGAACAUGAAAUAUUUUGUCUUUGUAGUGUGUUCAAUGAAAUAUAGAUUGAACAUGAUUUGCAAAUGAUUGUAUUCUCCUUUCAUUUAUUUUUACACAACGUCUCAACUUCAUUGGAAUGGCGGUUGCAGAUAUCAAAAUUAUGUCGAAAGCCCUUGCAGCGAGACUUGAAAAGGUACUCCCGUUGAUAAUCCACUAAUACCAGACAGGUUUCAUUAAAGGUCAUAUGACAAAGAUGGGCGGCACGGUGCACUACCCCGGCCCCGGUUGUGUGGGGUUUGCAUGUUCUCCCCGUGCCUGCGUGGGUUUUCUCCGGGCACUCCGGUUUCCUCCCACGUCCCAAAAACAUGCAUGAAUCGCAGGCUCUAAAUUGCCCGUAGGUGUGACUGUGAGUGCGAAUGGUUGUUUGUUUCUGUGUGCCCUGCGAUUGGCUGGCAACCGGUUCAGGGUGUACCCCGCCUGCUGCCCGAUGAUUGCUGGGAUGGGCUCCGGCAUUCCCGCGACCCUUGUGAGCAUAGGUGGCUCAGAAAAUGGAUGGAUGGAUGGAUGACAAAGAUGUUAUGGGGUCAGUUCAUAUUCAUAUUUGCAUUGUUUAUAUGUUAUGUAAUACAUGCACGUAACUUCCAGUUUUCAACUAUUGUUUAGCUAAAACUUAGGUUUUUAUUCCGCAUAUUGAGCCCACCCCGAACAUCCUUGAAGCUCGAGACACCGGGGCGUGGUUACUCUGUCCCCCGCAAUACAUAUUCAUAUAUGUCUCAGUGACACGGCACAAGCUUUUACAAAGUAUGCAGUGUUCCUAUGUAUUGUGUGCCCCUCGCUCGAGUUGCGUGAUAACACGUCGCACAAGUCUUUGCCGUGUCUGUUGGUGUGUCAUAUAAGCAAAAGUACAGACAACCGUACUGAAAAGUACUGCAUUUCUUUUCCCCCCUACUGCCCAGUGCAUAGUAACCAUAAUAGAGUCAUAGGUAUAGACAAGGAAAUCCUCACCACGUCUGCGCCGCUUUGUCACAGCACCGUGGCGGCUGCGAGGUUUCAUUCUGUUGCCGGCGGUUGAGCUCCUGAUGGCCGUAGGAAAAAUAGUUGGCACCGCAGCAAGGUUUCAGCUUCUACCUCUGUAUCCGAUGCUUUCUGCUAAGUCUUUCUCAAAACACGCCGGCGCGAAGUGAUCAGCACAGAGUUUGGAAUGCUCGCUAAGCACCCAUAGCUCCGCGCGUUUCUUCCCCUGUCGAUUGACUUUCCCUAUCCGCUGGUCACGUAUUCCUUUUUCACUUGGAAAGCCCCCAAAAAACCGUCUUGCCGCUGCCUGUACCAAAUCCCACACAAUAAGCCAUCAUGACAUCGCUAAAUCAUACGACAACAAAUAUACAAGGGCGGCAACAACGGCAUGGAGCAAUAGUGCGCAACGCCGAAUGAACAGGCUAUCAGGCUCGUGUGACGUCACAGUGCCGGAAAGAGCCGAAGACCGGAAGGUGCUAGAUUAAAGGCUUUCCUGUUCGCAGUGCUUUGAAAAUUUGGCUUUGGAGACUCGUGCAUACAUUGGAUACUUGAUACAAUUUGCCAAAAGCGGCAGUCGCCACAAAUAGGAUCUCGUCACCAAGUUGUCACCAGACCAGGGUUUUUCACUUUUCACCAAUGCUAUUUGCAAUAUUCAUCCAACCACGUCAGAAUGCUCAUAUGAAAGGUAUCUGACAGAACACAAAAUCAAUUUGCAUGUUGAUGAGAUUCUUUAUUUACAGGAACCCAAGUCAUCGAUCUUCAGGCAGUCUUCAAUCUCAUUUCAAACCUUUUCACAAAUAUCAGAUGACUCUAUCAACUGGACAAAAUCAACCAUGCUUCCAUUAACAGCAAAUCAAAUCCCAGAUCCCAGUUUUAGAGGAAACAUGAAAUAUUUAGGUAUUCCUAUUUCACCAAAAUUCACAAGAGCUAACUCAUCUAAAUUGCACACCACUUCCUGAACGUAUCCCAGCUCAUUUAAUAUGAUGGAAUCAUUUGCCUAUAUCACUACUGGGACGAAUAGCCACGAUAAAAAUGAAAACCGUACCUCAAAUAAAUGAUUGAUUCUCAAUGGUUCCAUUGAAGCCCACAUUUAAAUGCUUCCAAACAACACAACCAAUCGCAAUACCUCAUCAAAUGGAUGCACCACAAUGAGGAGCAUCGUUCUUGGCGAGAAUUUGGAACAGAUAGACUGCAACAACAGCAAACUCUCAAAACUCCCAUUUAUUUCGACAUCUUA